UAUCUUCAUUAACACAACAUCUCAUUCCUUCUAACUUCUAUAUCCAUCUUCUCUUCAUUCUUUCUAGCUAGCUCGUCAUUUUCUUGCAAUAUAUAUAUCAAAAAAUUAAACAAUUCAUUACAAUUUCUUGAUCUUAAAAUUUAAAGAUUAUGGAAACCAAAAAGCCUACAAGCAAGCAAAACAAAUUUAGCAAGUUCAUCAAAGUUCCAUUAAAGAUCUUGAUAAAAGCAAGGGAUUUCUACGUCAAGAGCAUGACGGAAUACUCCGAUCGCAUCGGUUACGGCUCGGUCAUGGGUUGCCCUACCGGCCAUGUACUCAACACCUUGCCUAAGAGUUAUAGUGUCAACUCGUCGAGAUCAAGCACCCGCGACGAUGAUUACCGGGAGCUUUUAAGGGUCGCUUCCGUCAAAGGAUUAAGGAGUACUACAAAUAAUUUUGAUGAAUUUCAAAGGCAACAAUCAAGAAAAUCUCCAAUUAGGGCAAAUUUAGUUAGUACUAAUGGAAUUUAUAAUUUGCCUAGGAGUUAUAGUGUUGGGAUUGGAAGAAUUGAUGAAGACAGAGAAUGUGAUAGUUUUGAAGAAGAAAUCAAGGUUAAACCUAAUGUUUUUUCAAGAAGCAAAAGCUAUGCUGUGUCUAAAACUAAAAGAACAAGUAUUGGAGCAUACUAAAUUUGAGUAAUUAAUCAAGAAAAGAUUAAGAAAAAGGCAAGUUUAAUUUCUUGAUUAA